GGUCCCGGCGGUGCCGGUGCCGCCAUGGCUGCGGCCGCGCUGGGUUUGCUCUGCGCUCUCCUCCUGCUCCGCGGCCGCGCCGAGCGCCCGCCCGGGGCCAACCUGGACCAGGCGGCGCUUGCGGGGGAAGAACACAUGGAACAGGACGGCAGGAGCUGGGAUGAGCUCGUCCAAGGUGAUGAACAGAGGAAUGUCGAAAGCUGGGCCACUGCUGGCUCACGUUCAGCUGCUGUGGACCAGCACCCCAUGGUCCUUUUCCACCAAGCAGCUUUCCAGCCGCUCUUCCCCAGCAGAGUUCUGCCGCAUCGACAAGCCCUUGUGCCACGAUGAGGACGAGCAGCUCAGCUUUGAAGCUGUCCGCAACAUCCACAAGCAGAUGGAUGAUGAUGCCAAUGGCAAUGUGGACGUUGAGGAGAGCGAUGAGUUCUUGAGGGAGGACUUGAAUUACCACGACCCAACAGUCAAGCACAGCACCUUCCAUGGAGAGGAUAAGCUCAUUAGUGUGGAGGAUCUCUGGAAGGCCUGGAAGACAUCUGAAGUGUACAACUGGACAGUGGAUGAGGUGGUCCAGUGGCUCAUCACCUACGUGGAGCUGCCGCAGUAUGAGGAGACCUUCAGAAAGCUUCAGCUGAGCGGACAUGCCAUGCCCAGGCUGGCUGUGAACAACGUCACCUUGAUGGGAAGCGUCCUGAAGAUGACAGAUCGCAGCCACCGGCAGAAGCUGCAGCUGAAAGCGCUGGACACAGUCCUGUUUGGGCCCCCGCUCUUAACUCGUCACAACCACCUGAAGGACUUCAUGCUGGUGGUGUCCAUUGUCAUUGGUGUGGGUGGCUGCUGGUUUGCCUACAUCCAGAAUCGCUAUUCGAAGGAGCACAUGAAGAAGAUGAUGAAAGACCUCGAGGGGCUCCACAGGGCUGAACAGUCACUCCACGACCUUCAAGAACGACUGCAGAAGGCUCAAGAGGAGCAUCGCUCCGUGGAGGUGGAGAAGGUGCACCUGGAGAAGAAGCUGCAGGAUGAGAUCAGCAUUGCCAAGCAGGAGGCGCACCGUCUCCGAGAGCUGCGGGAGGGCACGGAGAAUGAGCUGAGCCGGCAGAAAUAUGCUGAGCAGGAGCUGGAGCAGGUGCGGAUGGCGCUGAAGAAUGCCGAGAAGGAGCUGGAGUCCCACUGCAGCUGGGCUGCGCCCGAAGCCCUGCAGAAGUGGCUCCAGCUGACCCAUGAGGUGGAGGUCCAGUACUACAAUAUCAAGAAGCACAAUGCGGAGAAGCAGCUGCUGGUGGCCAAGGAAGGGGCUGAGAAAAUCAAGAAGAAGCGGAACACCUUGUUUGGGACAUUUCAUGUCGCUCACAGCUCGUCUCUAGAUGAUGUUGACCACAAAAUCUUAACUGCAAAGCAAGCACUGAGCGAGGUGACAGCGGCACUGCGGGAGCGCCUACACCGCUGGCAGCAGAUCGAGCUGCUCUGCGGCUUCCAGAUUGUCAACAACCCAGGCAUUCACAGCUUGGCGUCUGCCCUCAACAUUGACCCCAGCUGGAUGGGCACGCCGCGGCCAAACCCCUCCCACUUCAUCAUGACUGAUGAUGUGGACGAUCUGGAUGAAGAGAUUGUGUCUCCCAUGUCCAUCCAAUACGCAGCCUGGCUUUUUGGGCGCAGGUUCAGUGACCGCUCGUCCCUGUCCUUGGAGGAUCAGUCCCUCUGGAAAUACCCUGCUCCUGCCUUGCCUGGCACAGUUCGGCAGCGCCUGGUGGACCCCCAGCACGCCCACGGAUCUCAGAGGUUGGUAGAGAGUUACGUGCAAGGCCAGAAUGAGUCGGGCCAACCUGCCCACUACCGGGCAGGCAGAGUCUCUCUUCGUCGAAUGCACAGCCUCUCCUCUGGACAGUCUUUCAGUUCUGACCUUCCUGGCACCAACCCAUCAUCUGCUGCCACCACCACCACCUCUUGCUCUUCAUCUGCCUCCACUGCAUCUGCUCCUGCUUGCCAUGUCCACCCUACCUAUUACCACCACACCACCUCCUCUUAUUUCCUUCAGAUGGACUCCAUCCCUGAUCUGCCCCCUCCUGAUGUCACUUCUGGAGUUCGCUGUCAUACUGAGAGCUUUGGAGACUUGACUCGCUGCGACUCCGAGUCCUCCAUCCCGCACCUGAGCGACCACCAGCGUAUCCCCAGCUCAGCGCCCAAGCUGCUGGCCACCCGUCCCAACCUGCUGACCAGAUCCGUCGAGGAGGCGGCUGCCAGCGCACCCACACCCAACGGCGGCAACCGGCCCACAGAAGCCGUCACCACUUUAUCCGAGAGCCCCAUGGUUACGAAGAAGAUGACAACGGUGGUGAACCACGGCAUGGAGAAGUCCUCCAGCCUGGGGGAGAUCAGCCACCCGAUGGCCGGCAAACACAGCCACUCAGAUUCCUCCCGGUCGCACAGCCCGAGCUCCACCGACCCCGACACGCCCUCCCCGAUCUCUGACUGCCGGCCCAGCAGCGCCAAGAGCACCCGCAUCCCACAGCUGGCUGCCAAGAAGAGCCCGGGGGACGAGGACAGCAGCCUGACGGGUGAUGAGGUUGACACUGGCCAGAGCAAGAAAAAGUUCCCCCUAAAGAUCUUCAAGAAGCCUAAGAAGUAGAGAGAAGGAGGAGGGGGCAAGAGGAAACCCACCCCGGAGCGGGAGCUGCUGGGAGCGGCCGUGCCUUCAGAACGCCAUGCUCCCAGCACCCUCCCUGCACCCUCCGAGUCACCGGCAGUGGGAGGAGAUAUUUAAACUUAUUUAUUUCCCGAUCUCUGAGUAAGAAAACCCACAACCCCAAGCCGACGACCGCUCCCCUGGUGAGAACAGCCGCCCGUUCUCCACUUCCAACUGCCGCAGUCCCUGGCUUUGCUGUGCAUGGCUUCCAGUUACUCCCGCCUCAGCUCGGCCACGCAUCUGGGUUUGGUUUCAAUGUGGUUUUAUUUUUUUAUUUUAUUUUUUUUUAUUCUGAAUUUUUGUUGUUUUUCCCCCGGUUCUUCUGCCUCUUCCCACUCUUGCACAGAAGGGUUGGGGUGGUAGGAACGCAUGGAGCACGGGUGGCUACUCCCCAUGCUCAUCUUGGGGUGACUCUGGAGCGAGUGUUGGGGCGCGCUGCCUCUCCAACAUCGCAGCCGUUCCCUCCUCAUUCUCAUGAGUCCCUUUUCCCCAAGGAUUGGGAAUGUUCUGUUUAUGAGCUCUCGAUACACAAGAGCACCUUGAUGCCCUUGCAGUGAGGGCUCUGCCCUUGCCGGUACUCGUGCAACGAGAAGCUUUGCCCUUAUUCCACUUAUCACUCGCUCCAGAGGCAGAUGCAGCCGUGGUGGGAUGGGGCUGCCCACCCAGCUGCUCUGCCCAGCCAGCCAAGAUGCUGCCAGAACAGCACCAAUAUCUGUAUGUGGUGGCAGGGUUGGAUGCUGGGGUGGAAGAGCCCAUGGAUGCCCCCAUUCCUGCUCCCAAGGUCCUGCACAGUGGGAGCAGAGCCAGAGGCAGCUCUGACGCUCCCGGACACUCACAGGAGAUCUGGCUCCACGGGGCAAGGAGCGGGGACCCUGAGGAUGGAGGAGGACGGAGGGAAGGGACAGCCUGAGGGGUGCAGAGCUAGGUCCAGCCACACUCAGAGUAGGUGUCCUGGGCACGGAGCCCAUUUCCUGCCCUGGAUCCGGGUUUGGCAGAGCCAGAGGGAGGGAGCAGGGCACAGCGGAGCUCUCCCGUCCUCCCCUGGACUGCUGGUCAUAUCCUGCUCUUGCAGCCCUCAUCUCCACAUGUUUUCCCCAUCCCAGCUCGGGGCAGCAACUCUAUGGGAUGAGCCUUUCCCCAGGGAUGAGCCCCGCUCCAUACUGGGGUGAGCCCAGGCCCAUUCCCAAGGAUGAGACCUGCUCCAUUCCCCAAGGAUGAACCCUCCUCCAUCCCAGGAUGAGCCCUGCUCUGUCCUGGGAUGAGACCAGUUCCCUCCUGGGAUGAGCCCUGCUCCUACCCCAGGAAUGAGCCCUUUCCCAGGUGUAAGCUCUGCUCCAUCCUGGGAAGAGCUCUGUUCUGUCCAUGGGGAUGAGCCGUGCUCUGUCCUGGGAUGAGCCCUGUUCCAUCUGAGCCCUUCUUCAGGGAUGAGUCCUAGGACAAGCCCAUUCCCAGGGAUGAGCUCUGCUCCAUCCCAGGAUGAGCCCCACUCCAUCCUGGAGCCGCCCCUGCUCCCUCUGGAUGCAGCUCCUGGUGCCUCCCACAUCGCUGCUGCUUGGUGCGAUGUGACCCUAGAGCUCCCCACCAUCCCUGGGAUCCCACCUUCUCCUCCUCCAUCCCAUGUCCCUCCCCCAUGCCACCAUACAGUGCUUUCCAGAAUGUUCCGGGCGGGAAGAGCUGCUUCUAGAGGCUACCCCAGCGUUCCACCUGCAGAGGAAGAUGCACAUCCAGCUGGGAAGGCAAGGAAGCAGGGUGGGAUUCCCCGGAGACCUCAUAUCGUGCUGGAGCAAUGCAUCUGUGCACGCUGGCACCCCGGGAAGGGCAGCGGAGGCGGGUUUGUUCCAUAGGAGGCAGCUCGAGUGCUUUGGGAUAAGUGGGAAAUCCCUCUCAACCUGACUUAAGUGCCUGCAUUUCCCCACCGCUCCGAGCCGCUCGGCCACCGUGAGACCGGGACCGGUGGCUGCAGGGGCUUCCCCGGGCAGGAGCCGGGCAGCGCUGCUUGUGGUGGCGGAGACCUGGUGAUGCUUCCAGAGAAGGGGCUGGGAUCGACCCACUGGCGACUGCGGAUGCGCCUGCCAACUCUUGUUUCAUUUUUGGUUCAUUUUUGGGUCAUUUCAUAAAACUUUUAAAUCCAAUAAAGCAUGUAGUCUAU